GGGUAGCACUGCUGAAUUCUCAGUGGCUAAUUCUAGAGUAGACAUGCCUUUUGUUUUUUAUCUCUGUAAUUUUGUAAUGAUUCGGAUUGUUUUUUCCCCUAAAAGAUUGUUUUUAUGGGGCAGAAUUCCGGCAAUGCAAGAAAUGAGGUUCUUCUACCAUGGAAGUAAUCAAUCCACUAUGAAGAAACUUUGUUUUCUAUAAUUUGUUAGACAGAUUUUCUAUGAACUAUAUCUGGAGAAGUUUAAUUAUAUCUGCAGAAGAAUCAUUAUGUUGUGGUUGCUGAAUUCUACUUUUCUUCAUUUCCCUAGUUGCUAUUUCUGAUUAUCACUUUUGUGGAAUUGUUCAAAUGGGCUUUUAAGAUCCCAUUUCAAAAGUUCUUAUGUCAUCCUGGUGCAAUGAAAGUAGUUGGUAGGGUUUUGCCCCUGCCAAAAGUUCUGAUGUCACAAUCCUGUCUAAACUUAACGACAAUUCAUUUCCCCCUCAUUUUCAAAGGGGGGCAGCUGAAAAUGAAUGAUUGUUCCUUUUUUAUAUUUGCAACUGGCAAGACUACCAAAUUUGAACCCACAAAAUGAGGUUUGAUGCAGAAAGUUUCAGACUUUCUUGCUUGAAACUCCCAUUUUCAUUCAUCUCUCCAACUUUUGCAGGAGGUUCAAGAUGGAUCGUUUUCUCCUAAGUUUCUGGCUCCUGCUCUUCUUAUGUGCAGUUCCGAAGCUCAUCAUCUGCCAGCAGAGCUACUCAGGAAACUCGGCUCUCGAUUGUGAUGCCAAAGAUGCAGCUGCUCCCUACAGUUGCAACGGUGAAAAGCCCUCCUGCAAGGCCUUUCUCAUGUACAAAGCUCAACCUCCUUACAACACCCUCUCCAGAAUCUCAAGCCUGACAUUUUCAGAUUCCAUCGAGCUCGCCCGGAUUAACAAUGUCUCGGAUCGCAAAAGACCCCUCCCAACGGGCCAAGAGGUAUUGAUUCCAGUAACUUGCUCCUGCACUGGUUCAUAUUAUAAGGCAAACUCUUCCUAUAGAGUUCAUGCAGAAGACACUUACUUCAAGAUUGCAAAUGACACCUAUGAAGGGCUUUCAACUUGCAACGUGCUGAUGCAAGAGAACAGAAGAUUCAAGGAGUCCGAGUUAGAAGCUGGUCAGAGAAUUCAAGUGCCCCUCAGAUGUGCUUGUCCAACUAGAAACCAGACUGUAGAGGGAACCAAGUUCCUGUUGACUUACUUGGUUGACUGGGGAGAUGGAGUUGCUAACAUCGGAGAGAGAUUCAAUGCUAGCAGACAGAGUUUGAAUCAUGCAAAUGGGUUUGGAGAACUCGAUGAUCCAACCAUUUAUCCUUUCACAACACUUCUCAUUCCACUGCAAUCUGAGCCGAAUAGCUCUCAGACCAUAAUUCACUCUCCACCACCUUCUGAUUCUCCUUCAGUUGUUCCUAUCCAGCCAUCCAGUGGGAAGAAGUCGAGGAAAUCAAGACGUAGAAAUACCGGUUGGAUUGUACUCGGGGUUUCCUCGACAGUCCUGUCUUUGGUCCUAGCAGGGGCAAUCAUCUCACUGUUAAGAAAGAAGGAGGGUGUUGAAGAUCAAAAGAAGAAGAAACUGGUGUUGCCUGAAGAUUUCUUCGAUGGCCACUCCACAGUUGACCAAGGGCUGAGAAUCCGUGAUUUCGAGGAGCUAAAGCUGGCAACUGUUGAUUUCAGUUCUCGGUUGAGCGAACGAGUCUACAAGGGCGUGAUAAAUGGACAAGAAGUAGCAAUCAAGAAGACGAGUAGAAAUGUGUCAAGCGAAGUGAAUCUGCUGAGAAAAAUCAACCAUUUCAAUCUCAUAAGUCUUGCUGCUGCAUACCAACACCAGGAUGAAUACUACCUUGUGUACAAAUACAUGGAGAACGGGUCAUUGAAGGAUUGGCUUCAGAAAAAGGGCAUUAGUUUAUAUGAAGCUCGAAGUUGGAGCCGUAGGCUUCAGAUUGCUUUGGAUAUUGCUAAUGGACUUCACUAUCUCCACAACUUCACUGAACCACCAUAUGUCCACAAAGAUAUCAGUAGCAGCAAUAUUCUGCUGGAUGCUGAUUUGAGGGCUAAGAUUGCUAACUUCAGUCUUGCAAGGUCAGCUGAGGUGGCAUUGUAUGCAAGUUCUUCAAUUAGGGUUGCUAAGGGUGCAAAAGGUUACCUGGCACCCGAGUAUGUAGAGUAUGGUUUGGUGAUUCCUGAGAUUGACGUGUAUGCAUUUGGUGUCGUUUUACUUGAGCUGAUCACUAGAAAAGAAGCAGUCUUUUUGGAGAAGGAGAGGGAGGUUCUGCUUUCAGAAGCAAUUGUUGUGAUCUUAAGUGGAGAGCAUUCAGAAUCUGCCCUUUGUGAUUUUGUAGAUCCUGGUCUGCAUCCAAAGCAGCAGAUGGUAAUCGUGCUGAGAAUGAUGAAGUUGAUUCUAGCCUGUUUGGCUAAAGAACCAGAAGAUAGGCCGAGCAUGGGAGAGAUCGUCUCUUCGCUGUCAAAGAUACAGUUGGAUGUGUAUAGAUCCGAAUUCAUGUACUGUAGUAGUUCAUAGUUUUCAGUUGUGUAAGGAGGAACAGAGCUUGUCUCGUUUUCCCCCUCGCUUUACAAUUUUGAAGUAAGAACUGAACACUUGUAAUUUCAAAGGCCAGGAGAACCACACUGUACAAAUUAACAUUGGACUAGGCU